UUCGUCGUUCUCGGAUUUGUGGCGCGCUCGCGAGUGCUGUACUGGUGGUGAUUUCCGAGGGUUGUAUGUGCGCGGCUGUGCGAUGCGAUGAGUGAGCAUGUUGCGUUGUGCGAGGAGGCCGGCCGGCGGAGGCACGUCCUGCGGUUUGUAGGUUGAUGGCUCGGCGGCGAGUAGCCGGGCGUCAGUCGGUCGCCGGGCCGCGGAGAGCCGGGCGCGCGUGUGCGAGAUAUGGCGCCCCGCGGCGGCCGGUGAGGCGCCGGCCCCGCCGACCGCCUCGGGUCGACGGGCCAGCCAGCCCAGACGGGCACACGUCCCACCAUGUCCUUGCUCAGCGUCACAGUAAAAAAGGCGCGCUAUGUUGGUAUUCAAGCUACACAGUUCAACACAUACGUGACACUCAAGCUGCAGAAUGUCAAGUCGACGACGGUGACAGUGAAGGGUCCAACUCCAUGCUGGGAGCAAGACUUCCUUUUUGAAAUAAACGACAUCAACCUGGGCCUCCUGAUAGAAGUGUGGAACAAAGGUGUCAUUUGGGACCGCGCACUUGGCUAUCACUACCUGCCGCUUACAUCUGUUGCUUAUGACGAGCAAGAGUGUGGCGGUCGCUGGGUGGAAUUGGAGGCACAGUUGAUGAUGCGCGGCGGCGCCGUGGUCGGCACCACCGGACCCACGGGCCAUGCGCUUCUGCUCGACUGCAGAUUUGAACCGCCUUUUGACGCCGAAGGCACUGGCGGUGCAGAUCUGCAGCGAAAACUGGACCUACUAAAUGGUGCGCUUGAUGCGGAGCGGGCUGAACAGGCUCGGCGGCAGCUGCAGUACGUCGCACAUUCGGGUUACUCAGAGGACUCGGACUACACGUCCGACCUCAACUUCCCGGUGGGCCAGCACGCCAACUGCAGCGCGUCGCAGUUCAGGAACGCGGCGCAUCAAAUGCAUACGCCACAGAGAUCUUUGGAGGCGUCCAGGGAAAAUUCGUACGAGAGAGAGGAAUACCACUUGCACGGCGACACUGACCCUUUGUAUUAUAAUAGUCAACCUAGGACUAAUAGAAUAGACACAUGGUCACAGUUGCACGCGCAAGCGAGUGUUGAAUCCGCUAUAUCAUGGCGGACAGCCGCCGACUGGCAAUCGGGAGAAGAUCAUCGGAGGCCAAGUCUCGAGAGACAGAAUACGUUGUAUGAUGAUAGCAUAGGCUACGGGUAUGAUGCCUACACAACUAGUACGCACAUUAGGGACCACUCACAUUUAUCGCAGCAAGCCAGCUACGAAGAGUACUACGACGCUACGAGCUACCCGUACCCGUUCGAGCCGCCGCCGUGGGAGCAACGCUUUCUCUACGACGACUGUGGCCUCAACCCCAUCGAGUAUGAGAACAUUAUCAACAAACGACGCUCGUCAGUCGUGCAGCUGCCGCAGAUGCCUCCGAAACAAUUACCGCCUUCGUCUCGAUAUUCAGACUACAAUGAAAUGGCGCCGUACAGACCGCGGCCGCGACGUACCGCGGCCAGUCUGCCGGCUACGCCAUCGUCAACGCCAAAGCGGGGUCGCGCGCUGCCCGUGCCGCCGGGCAGCGAGUCGGGCUGGAGCCGCCGCGGCCGGCGCCUGCCGCGCCCGCCCGCGCAGCGGCAGCAGCCCGUACCACCUGCUAGCUAUACUAAUGUGCCUUACACGCAAGAAACCGAGAGAACGGUACCCGACGUUAGUAAUUUCGGUUACCAAACUUAUGGGUUUCAAAAAUACCAAGACACUGCCAUUGAACAGUAUCCAGAUAAUAAUUAUACUGCAAGCGAUGAAGAUGGAAUGCAACCUUUCUUUAAUGAGACUCCUCAUGCGACGCCCUCAGCAACUACAGCACAAAAGACGACAUGGGGAGAGACGGAGAGUUCAGCACAGUUUUCAUACACGGUUACGGAAGAAGACAAUACAUACAUAUCGACAACUGCGCCUUCAAAAUAUUCAUUUGUAGAACCACCGGUUACGACGAAACAAGAAGUUUAUCACGAUGCAAACUAUCAAACGUUCGAUUCACAAUAUAACGAAAAGCAACAAUAUCAAUCGUUCGACACACAAAAUCAGUUUUACACCGAUGAUCAAAGUCAAUACCUGGAUCAAAAGCAAGACGCGCAAUAUCCAGAACAAUUUAAUCAACAGUAUAAAGAAGGACAAAUAACAAAUCUGAAGUAUGAACAACAACUUAAUUAUCAGCGAGAACAAGAUAUCUAUAAAAAGCAACAGGAUCAAUUUCAAGACAACCAAUUUAUGCAACAAAGAGACCAAUAUCAUCAACAAGAACAGCAAUAUAAAUCACAACAAGAUCAAUACCAUCAGCAAGACCAGCAGCAGCAGAAAGACUUUCAUUAUCAACAGCAAUAUGAACAACAACAACAGCAUAAUGAACAGCAAAAACUACAGCAGUUUCAACAUCAACAGCACCAACAAUAUGAUAUACAACAGCAGCAGGAAUAUGACAUGCAACAGCAGCAGCAAUAUGAUAUGAAACAACAGCAGCAAUAUGAUAUGCAACAACAACAUCAACAACAACAACAACAAUUGGAGUUUGAAAAACAGCAGCAAAAUCAAGAACAAUUCCGGCAGCAGCAACAUCAGCAGCAAAUGCAACAGCAGCAACUUCAGCAGCAGCAACUUCAGCAGCAGCAGCAACAGCAACAACAAGCGCAACAACUUCGUCAACAGCAACAAGAACAGCAACAGAAACAGCCCACACAACAAUUACAAGCAACGAUGCUUACCGGUGCUGCGACGUUAGGCUCGCUAAUGGCCGGAGGAGCUAAAAAAUUAGGAAGCUUUUUCGGCGCAGCUGCAGCAGCUGUAGCGCCCCCUACAGUUACUCAGCCUCCUCAAGCUGCGCCAGUGACUACGGCUCCUGUAAGUCAAUUCACUUCUGUUGCGACACCCGCAACAACUGUGACGACAUCAGCUCCGCAAGCUACGGAAACUGUUGCAGAAGUAACGCAACCAUCAGUGACAAGUGCGACGACUACUGCACCGACAUUACCGCAGACGCCAUCGUUAAGAAGGCAGGAGUCGAUACAGCGGCCGUCGGUCCGACGGACACGGACGCUACCAGAAGCCCCAGACGACUUUACGUCAAGCUUCGAUGAAAGUGCCUACGAGGACGAGUACCAUAAGACUGAUUUAGAUCAAGUAGAGCGCGAUAGGACGUCUUUAGAUAGGUAUCGUGAAGAAGAUUAUCCUCAUGAUGCGAUUGCUGAAGACGUCCCUCAGGAAAGGAGGAUAUCUGAUGAACAAGCACCUAGUAUACAAAAGACUGUAUCACCCCCAAGGACCGGUUCAAUUACAAGAAAACCCUCUGUUGAUAGCUAUCAUAGUCAAACACCAUCUGUUCUUGACCGAAAAACUUCACAAAGUUCGUUUGCGUCACAUCAAGAGGAAAAACUUUCUAUAACUACCACACAAGAAGAAUCAAUCGAAAAGUCAAAAGUAACAUUCCAAGACGAAAGAACAACAUACCACGAAGUGCCAGAUGAAAACACAUUCGAACGACAGGAGUCCUUCGACGAGCAGGGCACAGAGUUCCAAGAUGACGAGCAAUUCCAAGACGAAGCUUACAGAGACGAGAAGUUCGAGGAAUCAGAACAAUUCCAAGAACCAGAGGAGCAGUAUCAAGAAGAAUUCCCAGAAGAAAGGCAGGAUGAAGUCGUGUUCGAACCUGAACAACCAAAGCUGACGCCGAGACAGAGAUGGCAUAGAGCUUACAACAAAAUCGUGAUGCAGCUGAACGGUUUGACAACAUUGCGUAAGCGAUGGCGGCGGAAGCGCGCGAGGACGCCGUAUCGCUAUCCUGCGGGCGACCGUGGCCCUAAUGUUCGCGUGGCGCGUGAGCCUAUCAGCAAUUUAUAUGCAAAUUAA